AGGAAGAAGGCUCAGAGCAGGCAGUUAUAAUGAAUGACAGGGGAGUGCCCCAAGUUCAGUCUCUGUGUUCCAUCCACGAUGGCAGGAGUCUUCAACCUUGGUACAGAGAGAAACUAUCUUCCAAGUGCUUCAGAAGUUCCAAAUCAGGACUAAAGUUCCCAGAUGCUCUAAACAGUCAGCGGUGGAUCUUCCUCAAAAGUGGUGUGGAUGACUUCCGGAAAGGCAGUACCCCUCCCUGUAAGGACAUCAUCACCCAUAAGCCAAAAGAGCCCUUCUUCCCCCUCAUUUGCCACAGAAAAGAUCUUUCUGUCCAGAAGAGGCAGCCAAAGUCAAUAGCAAUAUCAGAGUUCUUUUCAAGGCUCUCCCCAACCCAGAGAACACAGAGGGAGAACGCGGAUAAGAUUGAGUAUUUCCUGACUCAGCAUCCUCUGGCUGUCUAUCCCAACUUAGAAGAAAGUUUGCCUCUAGAGCUCUUUAAGCAGGUUCUGAAAAUCCUCGAUCCAGAAAAGUGCUUGGAGGAUGAAUGGGCUUACUGUGAGGAGGGCAGAGAAAUAACGAGAAAACCCUGGGAUGGCAUGAUGAAAACUCGGGAGUGUUUGCCAUUGGAAGGUCCCAAGCCACCACCAGUGAAGAACCCAUACAGGCUUUUGCGUGGGGAAGAAAAGAUAGAAGAGGAAGAAUUUAGCUACCUCCCAGGGCUGGAAGAACAUUUGCAACGGACUGCUAAGGAAUUCUGUGACUGGGUUUCUGCUUUUGGAGAGAGUGACAAAAUGGAUGUGGCCACAGUGCUGAAACUGUUUGAAACCAGUUAUGAAUAUCCAAAGGGCUACAACAUCUUCCACUUGAUGGAAAUGAAUCAGAUGCCACUGGACCUAAAGGAGGGUGUGGGGCUAACAACACUACAAGAGAUGCAAUAUGUCCUGGAGGAGAUUGACUAUGAGAGAAAAAUGAAGAGGACGAAGAAUCCUUACAAACCAGACUGGGAAAAGUUCAGCUAUGGGGCCUGGUAUCUGCACACCAAGUUAUGGAAGAAACGAAGAGCAAAUGAACCUCUGUUGGAUCCCAAAAUGGAAGUUCAUUCCAAAUACGAAAAGUUGAAAAAGAAUCUUCUAGAAAAGGAUGCAACACUCAUGGACCUUCAUGGAACAGUUGCUUUCAAAGAAUUCAUUGAAAGAAAAGGAUACAGGAUGCCUACUUUCCUCUCCAGAUUGUUCUCCAAGAAGGAUAACAAAAACAUCCUGGAAGACGGUCUAAAUGACUCCGCAGAAUCAUCGCAGGUGCAGCUGCACCUAAAGGCGAAGGCGAAGGGGAAGGUAAAGAAAAGAAUCAAGAAGGGAAGCUAGGCAGAAGGAAGAAAUCGAAAGCAGAAGGAUUUUUCUC